AUGCUCAGUCGACGUACCAUGACGUCCGAUGCCCAGCUCCAGCAGCUCCAGCUAGAGAUCGAUGAUGUGUCGAAGCAGGUCACCAAGGUUUUGAUCAACUCCUCAGCCGUGGAGGCCGCCAUCGCGGGAAAGGGCACCUACCGUGGAUACUCCGGGGAGGACGUGUUUUUGAAACACAACCUUUGGGCUGUGCAAAAGGAGAUGCUGAAACAGCUGCGGCGGAGGGAGCGCAAGCUGGCGAAGCAGAAGCUGCAGCUGCUUCAGCGAAUGGAACAGCAGCCGCUACCAAUAGGUGAGAGCCUUAGGGUUCCCUCGCAGUACAUGUGUCUCUUGGUAUCGACGGAAUAAGCGCGAAUUUGUUUGGUGUGGUGAUUGUUGCCCUUUCGCCGAACCCACAAAAAGAGGUGCACACGUGCACACGUCAUGUACAGUGUUAGGAGCAGCAGCAGGAGCAGCAGCAGGAGAAGUAGUAGCCAGGGAUCUUCCCACCUUCGAUAGUCCCUAAAGUGUGCGCAGCAUUAAUCUGUACAUGAUGCUGUUUUGCCCCUUCACGACAAAACUUCAAACACCCACUGGCAGCGUGCCGCAAGGGAACUCUAGUUUUAUUGCGGCGUGUCUCUACGGCGGUAGAUACCUCUCUUUUCUCAACACAGAGCAGUGUACUGCUUGUACAAGUACUGGUAGAAGACCUGCUGUAAACCAGUACCGGGGUACACAGCAGACAGCAGACACAACACUUCUUGCCUCAUCCGUAGAUGACACUCCAGGAUACAUUGGCAAUGGAUCACACGUGUUGCCGCCUAGAUAUCUAGAAAAUUGAAGAAAGGUACAGACAAAAAAUCACGCCGCCUGUUUCGGCGGGUCUAUUUGGUUUCAUCCCCUCCCCAAAUUGGACAUGCCUGAGCCCAGUUCUUUCACCACCUCGUGCUCGCCACACACACCUCGGCGUGCCACCAAAGCACACGGGCGCCUCAAGCAGGUCAUGCCCUCCACCGGAAAGCUGAUUUUACCCGUUAAUUUUGCUUUGGACGCGAGAAAUGCCCCACGAUCAUAUCUG